UCCCUCCUCUUUUCCUAACGAUUUCUUCCUGCGCUAGCUAGUGGACCGUCUCUCGACUCUCUACUGCUGCCAGCAUCAACAGAGAUGUCUGAAACAAAGCUGAGGGAUCUGGGGCCCCAGAUGGAGGCCUUGAAAGCUGUUCUCUCCGACCUCCUGUCCUCACCAAUGCUAGAGAAAUUCGCCAGGGUCUGGCAAGAAAUGGGAGUGGAGGACGAGAACCUGGCCACACGUCGGGACACCAUUCGCCUCCACAUCCACAACCUCAUGGAGGACAUGUACAGAGAGGAGGAGGUCUUGAAGGCCAAACUCAUCGAUAGCGUUGCCCACUGCACCAAGGAGCUCGCCGAACUCUGCAACCAGCUCUCCCUUCCCUUUGAGGGGCCUUCUGACGACCUUCCUCUGGCUGCCAGAGAGAAACAACUUCGCCAGAAAGCAGACACUCUCACAAAGGAGAAGCACAGUCGUCUCAAGAGGCUGAAGAGACUCAGUGAACUCGAGGUGGCCAUGUGCCAUUGCCUCGACGAGACACCCAAGUUGACGAGCAUCCUCUCGUCAGGUCAAGUGCCGUCCGAGGACGAGCUGCAGCACUACCGCGGACUGGUCGGGAGACUCGAGAAAAAGAAGGCACGGAUAAAUGACAGGCAGGCAGAGUUCCUUGCCCUGCGUGAGAAGGUGCUGGGUCUGUGGAAUGAGCUGGAGAUGGAGCCACACGAACAAUUUGAGCAGCAAGUGGCCUCUGGGGACAUCAGAGUGUUUGUCCUCUCCUCAGAGAACCUCAUUCGACUCAACAGGUUCUAUGCUGAGUUGGAGGAAGAGGCCACCCAUCUGGAGGCCAGGGCCCACCAGCUGCGGGGGACCAUACGAUCUCUCUGGGAGAGACUGGAGGUACCUCAAGACCACCGAGAUGCCUUCUCCCAGCUCUACACCGGACACAAACCCAAAAUCAUUGCCAGCUUGUGUGAGGAGAUGAGUCGUCUGAACGAACUCAAGAAGCAGCACAUGCAGAAGUUCUGUGAGGCCACCAGAGAAGAGCUCCACGUGGUCUGGGACCAGUGUAUGUAUGGUCCCCGGCAGAGGAGGGAGUUCAGCGCUGCUUUCACAGAUGAGUUCAGUGAAGAUCUCCUGAGUGCCCACGAGAGCGAGCUGGACCGCAUGCGAGGAUUCUACCAGGACAACAAGGAGAUCUUUGACCUCCUCCAGAAGAGAGAGAAGCUCUGGCAGCAGCAAAUUGAACUUGACAGGCAGUCAAACGACCCCAACAGGUUCAACAACAGAGGUGGGCAGCUCCAGAAGCAGCUGAAGCUCCGUAAGCAGCUGGAGAAGGAGCUUCCUCGGACGGAGAGGGAGCUCAGCGGCGUGGUGACCCAGUGGGAGGAGGACCACGAGAGACACUUUGUCGUCCUCGACACCCGGUUCCUGGACCUCAUGGAGGAGCAGAUUGAGGAGAGGUCCCUGAAGAAGGAGACCGAGAAGAUGAAAAAGGUGGUGAAAAGUUUGGCCAAGAACAAAGUUGCCCAUGCCUGUCAGCAAAUGGAAGAGAAGAAGGACAAAGAGGAGGCAUUGAUGUUUGAGAUGACCUAUGGCAGCAGACCCACCACUCCUGUCAAGAGGCGAGGUGGGACGACUCCAGUGAGUAACAUCAGCAAACAGAGAAGAGUUGGUCCGUCUCCUCUCCACUCGGCCUUGCGACAGCAGCCUUCAAAGAAGGUCAACAACACCACUACCUCUCAGAAACGGCCAACAGGGCUUCCAACACCAGGACGUAAGAGACCUCCCACAGCCUCCUCAUCAAGGAGAAUCCUCGCUGAGAAGAACACACACCACGAACCCUGUCCAGACGAGAGUUUGUUCACUCAGGCCAACUUCUCUCUCGCCUCAACUGGCUCCUACACUGACUUCCAGGUCGAGACCUAUAGGCAGAAAAGGACUGCACGGUGGCCUGGACAACCAGAAGUCAGCCAGGAGCAGCACACUUCCCAAAAGCUCUUCUACUCAGAAUUUGGCCACAAAAAUAUGAGACAUUGUGUGUCCUUCGUUUCGUCGCCUGUGAGCGAGAGACGAGCUGCGCGCAGGACCGAAUGGAGCGGUUAUUCUUGGCAUCACAGAGUCCCCAAAGUCAUUGAAAGGGGCAAGGGAAUUUCGAUGAACACCCGCCCAGCAGCGCCCAAGUUGAUAAACUUUUGCCAAGUGUCGCUAACAAAGCACGUGGAGUGCAGUUCAGUGUGUGCUGACGACCAUCAUGUGGAUAAUCUCGUGGUUGAGUCUGGCACGUCGUCGUUCCAAUCCAGUCCGAGAGGUUUCAGAGUGGAGCAUUUUGUCCGACCGCCGGUCCACCUGGACUUCAGUUUCCUGGCUCCGAUCGACGUGGCCUGUGUGGUGGUGAAACCCGACUUGGGCGACGAAGACUCUGCAGCAACUUUCACUGUCUCUGCUACUGCCGGCUCCAGGUCCCACACGCGGCACGAGGACCUCCUCACAAUGGGGCGUGGGUCGGUGAGGGGGAAGGGAGCUCUCCUGCUCAUGAAGAACAGGGUCUUUGAGAGGAGGUGUGGCUGCAGUGUGGACCUCGGGUCCUUCACUGGUGUUGUUGGUAGUCGGUUGACUGGUGCAGACAGAGCAGCGGGGAGGGAACCCACAGAAGACUCACUGAAGGACGUGUGCCGCAACGUAAGGCACUUGAGACUGACUGUCAACUACUUCUCUGGGCCCAGGCCGGUGUCCCUGGAGUUGGUUGAAAUUUGGGGGAAGUUGGGAACAUCUGCGUCUGAGGAGGACUGGCAGAAGGCUCUGGCUGCACUGGCCAAGCUGGAGGAAAAGGUCCCUGCUGUAUUUACUCCCAGGGAAGGGGUGGUGUUGAUGUACAAAGCUGACUCCAGGCCCACCCCAGAGUGUGGCCUAGCAGAUUACCACCUGUGUGAGAAAUCAAUCUGUCAUUCUCCCUGCCCCCUUGAUGGAAAAGGGAGGGAAGGCUCUGUAAAAGCUGCUGCUUUUCCAUUGACUGUUAGCGGGAAUGAGAGCAGUGAGUUGAGGUGCAGCUCUACCCAGUGGGAUCAAAGAAAUUUCUGUGCCCCAAAGUCAAAGGGUCUGGUCACAGGGAGCUCUGAGUAA